AUGCACCAGAUAUCCUCUUUGAUGGGGAGACAAGGAGGGGGUGGUGUGAACGCCGCGGUCACGGUGGCUGAUGCAUCUUCCUCAACAGCGGCGGUGGUGAAGCAUAAAAUUGUGCUGUUGGGCGAUCAGUCUGUGGGGAAAACUAGCCUUGUGACACGAUUUAUGUACGACACCUUUGAUCAGCAGUACCAGGCUACAAUUGGCAUUGAUUUCUUCUCCAAAACCAUACCAGUUGACAACCGCACAGUACGCUUACAUGUGUGGGACACAGCAGGGCAGGAGCGAUUUCGUUCUCUCAUUCCUAGUUACAUCCGCAAUAGCUCCGGCACUAUAGUUGUGUAUGAUAUUACAUCUCGAGCUUCGUUUCUUGGGACAUUUAAGUGGAUUGACGAGGUACGGGCUGAACGAGGGGAUAGUGUUGUGAUCUUUCUUGUUGGAAACAAGUUGGAUGCGCAGGAGAAGCGCGUAGUGAGCACGGAAGAGGCCCAAAAGAAGGCGGAAGAGUACAACCUUGUGUUUAUGGAAGUUAGUGCUAAGCAAGGAAAAAACGUCAAGGCACUCUUUAGAAAAAUGGCGGAGGCUCUCCCUUUGCCAGACGACAACGCGAGUGGUAUUGGCAAGAAAGGAAAUGGUGUGGGUGACAGUAGCAGCCAGCCGUUUGUGUUGGGCAAACAGCGGGAUCCAUUUCUCCUCACCCCAUCGCGGCUUCCACAAAGUGAUCGUGAUGGAUUGCAAACCAACAACAACAACAGGGGCAAUGAUGACACCAACGGAUUCGCGAAUUAUAUGCAGGGAAGAUGUUGUUGA